GUAACUCUUUUCCGAAACUCUUCUGGGGUUCUUGGACUGUGUCCCUAAAACUCUUUUAGCUUCCUCUUCUGCCGGAGGUGGUUUCGUAAAGAAUAUCACCAAUGGCUUAUAUGCGUAGUCUCUCUACAAGAGCGACACUUAUUGCACGAAGAUGCCAGCCAUCUUUUUGUUAUGUUUUCCAUGAUGACGAUCGAAGACGAUGCAAGAUUGACGAUGAUUUUUCUUACCAAAGACCUGAUAAUUUUUCCCUGAUGAGGUCAUUUGGAAGUAGCAGCUUCAACAAGUCAGGGGGUUUAGGUGGCUUUCUCCCAGAUAGAGGAUGCUCCCACAUGUUUCUUCAGCCGAGCUUCGGCCCCACAUUUUGCAGGUAUAUGUCAACUACAGUUGGUGAUGGGUCAGACAAAAUUGAAAUAAUCAGUGAUGUCCCUGGGGUUUUCACGGAUACAACCAUACAAGCUGUGGUUUCCCAGGUUCCAGCAGUGAACGAAGUUGCCAUCGCUGCUGCUGAUUCUUUCUUGCCUAUCCAGGUCCUGCAGUACUUUAUAGAUGGUGUACAUUCAUUUACCGGCUUGAACUGGUGGGCUUGCAUAGCUUUGACAACUCUUUUGAUUCGAGGAGCGACACUUCCACUUUUGAUAAAUCAACUAAAAGCUACUGCAAAACUCACUCUAUUAAGGCCACGCAUGGAGGAAUUAAAGCAGCAGAUGGAGAAUAAGGGUAUGGAGCCCAUGGCUGUGGCUGAAGGUCAACAACAAAUGCGGAAGCUUUUUAAGGAAUACGGUGUUAGCCCAUUUACUCCCUUGAAGGGACUCUUUAUACAAGGUCCUGUGUUCUUCAGUUUUUUCCUUGCGAUUUCAAAUAUGGCAGAAAAAGUUCCAUCAUUCAAAGGUGGCGGAGCCUACUGGUUUGUUGAUCUCACAACUCCAGAUACGUUAUACAUUUUGCCCGUUUUGACUGCACUGACAUUCCUAGUAACUGUGGAGUGCAACAUGCAAGACGGUUUGCAAGGAAAUCCUAUUGGCAGCACCAUGAAAAAUGUUUCAAGGGGCCUUGCUGUUCUUGCAGUUCCGUUAACCAUGAGUUUUCCGAAGGCUAUAUUUUGUUACUGGGUUACAUCCAAUUUGUUUUCGCUCACGUAUGGACUGGUACUUAAAUCUCCUGGGGUAAAGAAGUUCUUAGGUAUUCCUGAAAUACCUUUGGCGCACCCGACUACUGCCCCUCAACCUGCCUUCUCCGCAUUUUCAGCUCUGCAACGUUCUACAGUUGUCAAACAGGAACCUACCCCGGUGCUUCCUGAGUCAGUGAAGCGUUCAGAUCAAACAACUUCUUCAUCUUCAGUUAUCAGUCAAAGGCUUAGAAGUUUAGAGAAGCAAGUAAAGGGGAGAAAGAAAAACAAGAAGAGGUAAGGAAAAAACAUCCAUAGUCAGAUAUCAAACCAAGAUUAUAACUAACGAGUUGACUGCUGUUAAAACCGGUGUAAUAUUCUUUGAAAUGGUUACUCUAUAUUUAUUGUUUUUGGAUAAAGGGUUAACGGAGGUGGAGCCCUAUAAAGGAGGGGUUAUUGAAUAAGAUAGGUUGCAGCUCGAGUUUUUGUAAAUUUUGUUAAAUCAGUUGGGAAUUUUGUUCUA